AUGUCCGCCGGCAACAUUGGCGCAUGGCAGAAAAAGGUUGGGGACACGUUGGCUCCCGGAGAUGUCCUUGUCGAGAUUGAAACAGACAAAGCUCAAAUGGAUUUCGAGUUUCAAGAGGAAGGUGUACUUGCCAAGAUUCUCAAGGAGACGGGCGAAAAGGACGUCGCAGUCGGAAACCCGAUUGCGGUGAUGGUCGAGGAAGGAACAGACGUCUCGGCAUUCGAAUCCUUCACUCUCGAAGACGCCGGCGGCGACAAGGCACCUCCGCAGGAGAAGCCAGCAGAAGAGACGUCUGAAGCCACGGAGAAGCCAGACUCGGGUUCUGGUACAGCACCUCCUGCCGGAACUAAAGAGUCUAAGCCCGAAGCUGUCGAAGCUGACACCACAGGCGAGAAGCUCCAGUCCGUGCUGGACAGGGAGCCAGUCAUCAGCCCUGCUGUCAAAAAGCUGGCUCUGGAAAAGGGUGUUCCUAUCAAGUCCGUCAAAGGCACUGGUCCUGGAGGACGGAUCACCCUUGCCGACAUUGAGAAAUAUAAACCUGCCGCAGGCACUGGACCUUCCGCUGCGGCUGGCCCAUCUUACGAGGACAUUCCUGCAAGCUCGAUGCGCAAGACCAUUGCUACACGACUCCGCGAGUCCAUGAACCAAAACCCUCACUAUUUUGUCUCGACAACUCUCUCAGUAACAAAACUGCUUAAGCUGAGAGAGGCACUCAAUGCUGCUUCUGAGGGCAAGUACAAAUUGUCCGUCAACGAUUUCCUGAUCAAAGCAUGCGCGAUUGCAUGCAAGAAGGUGCCUGCUGUGAACUCUAGUUGGAGAGAAGACGGUGGUCAGUCCAUCAUUCGUCAACACAACACAGUGGAUGUGAGUGUCGCUGUGGCCACUCCCAUUGGCUUGAUGACCCCCAUCGUCAAGAAUGCCGACAGCAUUGGUCUCUCCGCAAUCUCAAACUCUGUAAAAGACCUUGGAAAGCGAGCACGAGAUGGCAAACUCAAGCCAGAAGAGUAUCAGGGUGGCACAUUCACAAUCAGCAAUAUGGGCAUGAACCACGCGGUUGAAAGAUUUACUGCGGUAAUCAACCCGCCCCAGGCCGCUAUUCUCGCCGUUGGCACCACUCGCAAGGUUGCUGUCCCGGUCGAGACAGAAGAAGGCACGGUCACUGAAUGGGAUGACCAAAUCAUUGUCACUGGCAGCUUCGACCACAAGGUUGUGGACGGGGCCGUGGGAGCUGAAUGGAUCAAGGAAUUGAAGAAGGUGGUGGAGAACCCCUUGGAGAUGAUGCUGUGA